AUGCUUAUUCCGUCGCUGCUUUUCGUUUCCCUCCUGCCAUCCGUGUUCGGAUGUCCGCAACACGAGAAUAACGAACGAUCCCACCUCGUCGGGCGUCAGAACAAUGCACAGAACCCCAAUAAUACUACAGCCAUAUGGGCUUACGAGGCCAGUUAUAACUGGGGAAAGCUCAGUCCGGAAUACCACCUCUGUCAGACUGGAACCCAGCAAUCGCCCAUCGCGCUGUCCCUCAGCAAUGGCUUGUCCCUCAACCACGUCCCCAAAUUCAACUACGGCAACGCAACAGCCGGCAACUUCUACAACUGGGGAUAUGGUCCGGCGUUUACAAUUGCGCAUGACGGCGAUUGGACUAAGCACCCGAGUUUCAUAUACGACAACAAGACGCUGUACCUGAAAGGAUGGCAUAUCCAUGCCCCCGCAGAUCACUCUGUUGGUGGAACCCGUAGCAAGGCCGAACUACACUUCGUCCAUGUCGACGCGUCUGGCCACGAAGCUGCGGUGCUCGCCUUCCGCCUCGAUCCUGGUAACUUCAACUCGACAUUCUUCGAUCAACUGCCACCUAUGAUCGGGUUCAACGAGACAACUACACGUGAGCCUCUAACCUUGAAUCUGGAUUUGGCCCUGGAAGGCGUCAUGCAUUUCAAUGAGUUCUGGACAUACGCAGGUAGCCUGACGAGCCCGCCAUGUCACGAGGGCAUACGGUGGUUUGUUGCGCGCCAGAUCUUGUUCACCGGUGUUGAGCAGAUGCAGGCUAUCUUGGGCGCGAGCACAUACUCUGCAAGAGCUGAGCAGCAGGUGUGGCAGCAUCGGAUCAACGAGUGA